CCUUUUGCAUUUCGGCAUCAAUCCGCUUCACGAUCAUCCUUGUUCUCAACAGCAAACUUUUUAGCGGCAUUCCAUCGUGUCCGCGCAACGCAUUUGCAGUUUAUUCCCGAUUUUCCAAAGUAAAAAGUUCCGUUUGUGUUCCGGCAAAUUGACCACUAGCCACCAAGCGCGAUGGAUUUCCUGGAGUACUCGUCGAUUAGCUCCGAAGUGCGGGGUGCGAUGUGCCCCGGGAAGCUGAAGAUGACCGAUACGGCGAUCGUGUUCAAGAACGAGAAAACGGGCAAGGUGGAACAGAUUAACGCGUCGGACAUUGAUUUAAUCAACUUUCAGAAGUUCGUGGGAAACUUUGGGCUGCGAGUGUUUAUGAAGAACGGACUGUUGCACCGGUUUAUCGGAUUUACGGGGGAUGAGCAGAAGAUUGCGGAUUUUGUGAAGAAGAACUACAAGCUGGAUAUGCUGGAGAAGGAGCUCUCGAUGCGGGGAUGGAACUGGGGAACGGUCCACUUCAAGGGGAGUGUGCUGUCGUUCGAUAUCGAGAACAAAACCAGCUUCGAGAUUCCGUUGAAUCAUGUUUCCCAGUGUAACAGCGGCAAGAAUGAAGUGACCGUGGAGUUCCAUCGGAAUGACGACGCCCCGGUCAGCUUGAUGGAGAUGCGAUUCCACAUUCCGACGUCGGAGUCGGCAGAGACGGAUCCGGUCGAGGCAUUCCAGGAGCAGGUCAUGAAGCAGGCUUCGGUCAUUUCCGCUACCGGCGAUGCGAUUGCCAUCUUCCGGGAGAUCCAUUGCCUGACGCCGCGUGGUCGCUACGACAUCAAGGUGUUCCAGAGCUUCUUCCAGCUGCACGGUAAGACGUACGACUUCAAGAUUCCCACCUCCUCGGUUCUGCGGCUGUUCCUCCUCCCGCACAAAGACAACCGGCAGAUGUUCUUCGUCAUUUCGUUGGAUCCACCCAUCAAGCAGGGCCAAACCCGGUACCAUUUCCUGGUGACCCUUUUCCAGAUGGACGAGGAAACCAACAUCGAGCUGCCGUUCACGGAGGAAGAGCUCAAGGAGAAGUACGAGGACAAACUGACGAAGGAACUAUCCGGACCGGUGUACGAAGUCCUCGGCAAGAUUAUGAAGGUGAUCAUCAACAGGAAGCUGACCGGGCCGGGUACUUUCAUCGGUCAUUCCGGAACUCCGGCGAUUGGUUGCUCAUACAAGGCCGCUGCCGGCUACCUCUAUCCGCUGGAGCGAGGUUUCAUCUACGUGCACAAACCGCCGGUCCACAUUCGGUUCGAGGAAAUCGCCUCUGUGAACUUUGCCCGUAGCGGAGGUUCAACCAGAAGUUUCGAUUUCGAGAUCGAACUCAAAACCAGCACGAUCUAUACGUUCAGCAGCAUCGAAAAGGAGGAAUACGGCAAGCUGUUCGACUUUAUUUCGUCGAAGAAACUGCACGUCAAGAACACCGGCAAGGACGGCAAGAACAACUACAAGGAGGACUUUGCCGACUCGGACAACGAAGGCGAACCGGAUGCCUAUCUGGCGCGUGUCAAGGCCGAAGCCAAGGAGCGAGACGAUGAUGACGAUGGAAGCGAUUCGGAUGAGUCGACCGAUGAAGACUUCAACCCGAACCAACAGGAGUCGGACGUGGCCGAUGAGUUUGACUCGAACGUGGAAUCCACCUCGGAGGAUGACUCUGAUGAGGGAGGCAGCGGAAGUGGUUCGGAUGGCGGUGCCAAGAAGGCCGAGAAAAAGAAGGAAAAGAAAGAGAAGAAGGAGAAGAAGGUACGUAAAGAGAAGAAGGAACGCAAGGAAAGUAAACCCAAAAAGUCUAAAUCGGGAGGUCCGAAGCGUCCGGCGACAGCCUUCAUGAUUUGGCUGAACGCCACUCGGGAGAGCAUCAAGAAGGAUAACCCUGGCAUUUCGGUGACGGAAAUCGCCAAGAAGGGUGGCGAAAUGUGGAAGGAAAUGAAGGACAAGUCCGAGUGGGAGGGAAAGGCAGCGAAGGCCAAGGAAGAGUACGCCGAAGCUCUGGCCGCGUACAAGGCCUCCGGAGGUGGCGGAAGUGACGAUGAGGGUGGCAAGGGCAAAGCUGCCAAGAGGAAGAAGGAAGCGGCCACGCCAAAGAAGUCCAACGCCUCACCAAUGAAGGGUAGUGGUUUCAAGAGUAAGGAAUACAUCUCCGGCGAUGAUUCAUCGAGCAGCGACGAUGACAAGAAGGAUUCGAAGAAGGCCAAGAAGGGCUCUGAUGACGAGAAGGAGAAAAAGUCCACUGAGAAGAAGAAAUCAAAGAAAUCCGAUUCAGAAUCGGAAGCGUCCGGCAGUGGAUCUGAAGAGGAGGAGGAGGAGGAGGAGGAUGCAGGCAGUGAUUAAGUUACGUUCGAUUGCUGAAGACACGUGGCACAGAGUGGCUAACUGUCUGGAGCAUUUAUCCUAAUCUACUACAACAUCUCUAUUGAAAUGAAACUCUUCGCCGGCUUUGAACGAUUGGAUGAAUGAUUGUUGGAACUACGAUCCUGAGGAUUUAGUAUUAGAAGAGGACAUGCUCGUUUUACAUUGCUUUCUUUUACAUUAUUGUGUAAGGUUAAUUAUAGGCUAACAAUGGAUCACUUGUACAAACUCCAA